UUAGUUCAUUGUCUAAGUUACUCCAGUUUCGUGGGUAGAGUGUAUUUGCAAACUCUCAAUAUGUCAUGUCAAUUUUGUUUUUUCCCGUUAAUUAAAUGACUUUGUAUUUAUAUUAUACGUGAUGUUUUUAACAAAUAAUACAUUUAUGAAUUAUGGUUUUAUAUUGUAAAUUAGAUUAAGUAGUAAAUAGUUAUAAAACAGUACGCUGUGCGUAUUUGUUCACAUGGAGUAUGCAUGAUUUCAUUUAGUUUGUUGGUGGUAAAAUGUCCACGUCAGAGUCUGGUGUGGGAUGUAUUAGUGAAGUUACACUUGCAAUUAGUAAAGCAAGGGGUUCUCAAUCAGGCAAUGUGAGAAUACUUGAUAGUCCGGACUCUGAUGGAUCUGGCCAUUCAAAUUCAUUUACUGUACAAAGAUUUAAUUAUCCUGACAAUGAUAAUGCAAAUCCAGGCAUCUUACAACCACCAUUGACCAGUGAUGACUUAAGAAUACCAAUAGUUGGAUAUGAGAUUAUGGAAGAGAGAGCUAGAUUUACAGUUUAUAAAUUACGUGUAGAACUAAAGAAUGGAGACUGUUGGUUUGUAUUUAGAAGAUAUACAGACUUUGUUCGUUUAUUGUCACAGUUGAGAAGACAAAAAAUUCCCAUUUCACAAUUAAGUUUACCUAGAAAGAAAUGGCUUGGAGAUAAUUUUGCUCCAAGCUUUUUAGAAGAAAGAAUUCGUGGUCUCCAAGCAUUUGUUAAUGCAAUAUUAAGUAGUCCUCUUCUUAUUGGCACUACAUGUGUUAGAGAAUUUUUUUGUUUAGAUGAGCCACCCGCUUUAUCUGACACUGCAGAAGAAUCUAGAGCAAUUUUUGAAGCAUUAGAAGACACUAUAUAUCAUUUAAGACAACAGUUGAGGGAGAGAGAUGCCGCGCUUGCAUCUGAAACAUCUUUAUGCAAUGAGCUUAGAAAGAAACUACAUCAGAUACUAAGUGAAAGACAAACCUGUCCGAAAUGUGGUGCAACCCAAUAACAAUUUUGUAACUAAUUUUAAAUUAACAAGUUGAUAUUAGUAAAAAAUUUCGGACUGGAGUAAAUAGGCAACUUGGAUUUUUAUACUAUAAGACUUAAUUUUACUCUAUAAAUCUCAUUUACAUUGCUGCAAUUCCAUCAAUCGUUUGAAAUAUCUGUUAAACAUUAGAUAUUAUCUACUUUAUACUUUCAGUUAUGCAUUUUUGAUUACAUAUUUAUAUACAAGUUGAUUAUUAUGUAAAUUGAUAUGUAUAAGAUUUCUUAAAAUAAUAAGUACAUUGAGCUUUCCUAGCAAUAAACAUAACUUCGUAAAAGCCUUACAGAGGUGCCUUACAGUUGUAAUGAACAAAUACAUAUAUUUAUAUACGUAGUAUAUCUAACAAUAUACUUAUGAGUCAAAAUGUGAAGAUAAAAAAAGAACAAAUGUCGGUAAACGAAAUGUUAUUACAAGUUGACUAUGAAUAUAUACCAAAGUGCGUUGAUCUUUGGUGUUUUAUAAAAGUUCAAUAUAUUUUGUAACAUUUUACAUCAUGUUAGCAAUAAUCAUGUUUUUAGAGAUAUAAUUGACAUUAAUAAUAUUUAUUAUUAUCAUAGUAUUGAAAUAUCAGUGAUCCUGGAAGAUGAUUAGGAUAUUACAAUAUUAUGAUAUUUAAAGUAUACUUAUGUACAGAUAUAAUAAAUAUUUGAUAUUUUCUUAAAUUAAUACGUUACAUUUGCUAUGUUGCUAAUUCUGUACUAUAAUCAAUAUUUAUUAUAUCUCUGCGGUUGUUUUAUAAAACCUUUACAAUACUGCACAAAUGUAAAAGCAUUGUUAUACUUUUGAAUUCAUUGUUUUGUAGAAACAUGAAACAAUUUUAA